AUAAGCUCAAUUUCAAAUACUUGAGAAGCGGCGUCGCUCAGUGUCUGGGAAUUUGCAACGGUAGAACUCUCUUCUCUUGCAAUUGAGUUUCUGGGAAGAACAAAGCAGAAGAUCUGGAGAUUUCAGGAUAAUGGCGUUCGCAAAGGCACCACGACUAAGUAGAGAUGAUAUUCUUGGAAAUCGAGUGGGCACUAGGAGUUUCAAAAUCUUCUCUGAUAAUCAGAAAACUGAUCCAGCCGGUACAGUAGUUACUUCACAGAAGACUCGUAUUCCUUUGAGGAGAAAGUCUGUUACAAUUAGCAAUGGAGCAGCUUCUAACACAAACAAUAUGAAGAAGGAAAAUUCGAGAAUCACAGGAAAGGGCAAAAUCAGCAAUCAAAAUUCUGAGGAAUAUACUAAAGUCACAAGAAAAGCUUUGGCUGAUUUAAGUAAUCUUGGUGGGAACACUCUAAGGAUUCCAACGCUUUGUGGCAGCAGUACCAUGAAAUGGAAAGGUGUAAAAUGUGCAAAUUCUCAAAGGAUUUCAGUUGGUUCAACCAGAGUUAAUAAUAUUUCAGUGAAAAAGUCAACCAAGGAGCUUGAGAGUAAAAGAACAACCGAACUUGGAAACAAUAACCCUUGCAAGACAGGUAAGAAAUUCAUCAAAAACAACACCCUGAGCCUUGGAUCAACGGCUGGUGGAACAAGAAAUUCCUUACCAACUUUUAAGAGAACAAGCCUCACAGAUAAGAGCUUAAAAAAGUUCAAUGUCUCAAGCUUAAAUUCGAGACAAUUGGGUCAGGGUCUAGCCAGUAAAGUCAGCAACAAAGCUGUCCCACAGCUGAGGAGUGCCGGAACCUAUACUUGGAAAACUCGGACAAGUGUAGGCUCUAUACCAUCGGACCGCAACAGACAGAGUACGAAUAACGUCCGUAUCGUAAGGAAAUCUAUCAAGAUCCAGACAACUGUAAAGACGUCGCUACAAAACCGUAGUUCUCUUAAGAAGCCCCCAGUGGGUAGAAGUAAAUCAAGAUCUAUUUCUUUAAUCCCUUCUUCUGAAAUAGUUGCCUCUACGCUGUCACUUCCGAAAAAGGUUGAAACAAAAUGUCUCGAAGAAGACACUCAAGGAGAGAGUUCAUCUAGUAGAAACAAAGACCCAACAACAAAAGUGUUGGAUGUUACAGCGAAGCCAAAAUCAAAACGUAGAAAGUCUUUCACAUCUCUACUAGUGGAUGGAUCAAAGUUCGAUGAGAAAAAUGGUGAAACCACAGAGGCAGAGAAACUUCCAAACAUUGAUGAUGAAUCCAAUCAGUUGGAAGUUGCAGAAUAUGUGGAUGACAUAUAUCAGUUCUAUUGGACUGCAGAGGCAUUAAAUCCAGCUUUGGGACACUACUUGUCAGCUCAUGCAGAAGUCAGUCCAGUUACGCGUGGAAUUUUGAUCAACUGGCUUAUCGAAGUUCAUUUCAAAUUUGAUCUAAUGCAUGAGACUCUCUACUUGACAAUGGACUUAUUAGACCGUUACCUCUCCCAAGUUCCAGUACAUAAAAAUGAGAUGCAAUUGAUUGGUCUUACUGCACUCUUAUUGGCAUCUAAAUAUGAGGACUAUUGGCAUCCUAGGAUCAAAGACUUGAUUAGCAUAUCCGCAGAAUCAUAUACCAGAGAACAGAUCUUGGGAAUGGAGAGGAUUAUGCUUAAACAGUUAAAGUUCCGUUUGAAUGCACCCACCCCUUACGUUUUCAUGUUGAGGUUCCUAAAAGCUGCUCAAUCAAAUAAGAAGCUUGAACAACUGGCCUUCUAUCUUAUCGAGUUGUGCUUGGUCGAGUACGAAGCUUUGAAGUAUAAGCCAUCAUUGCUAUGUGCAUCAGCCAUUUAUGUUGCCCGGUGCACUUUGCAUAUGACUCCAGUUUGGACCUCGCUCCUAAACAACCAUACACACUACAGUGUCUCCCAGAUGAAGGAUUGUUCUGACAUGAUCUUAAGGUUUCACAAAGCUGCUAAAACAGGAAAACUGAGAGUCACUUAUGAGAAGUACAUGAAUCCAGAUCACAGUAACGUCGCAGUCUUGAAACCCUUGGAUAAACUCCCUCUCUAAGUUGAACUCUUCAAAAGUCAUGGAAUGCCUCACCAGUCUAAAGGUGUAUAUCUAUACAUAUGUUCAUGUAGCUGGAAACUUGUUUUCUGUUCGCUUUCUCUAUUUAACGGAUCUUGUUCAUUCUUACUUGGAAAUUGCAGGGAGAUACAGCAUCUACAUGGACUGUAGCCGGAUAUUAAGAAAACUCAGGCUAAUGG